UUUAGAAGUUUGAUUGUUGUUUAUUGUCUCAUCAUAAGAAGUCAGUGAUUUUUAGGUGAAUUAAUAAAAUAUAAAAUUUUGUUUAAAAUCCAAAUGGAUACACCUGUUUGUUGUGAAAUCUGUGAAGAUGAUUAAUUUUUUGUAUUCGGAUGUUUGAUUUGAGUCGGAUUUCGGAUAGCACUUGUCAAAUAUUAUACAUUUUGGUUUUUGACCCGAGGUUUCAAUCUGGCAAGAGAUUGCCUGCUAAGCUGCAGAAUCAUAUUGUGAGAGCAACUCGAGAGAAAAAUAUGGAGAAGGUGAUUAAAGUCCAGUAACUGGAGACACACGAAGCAUAAUGGCUCAGAAGUACCUUAUGGCCCUUGAUUAUAUGGAACUGCAUGCCAAUACAGUGCUGCAGAAACAUGCCAAGAAACGCCCCUUAGGAGACAUAGAGACGAAGCAUCGCUACACGCCAACCCAGCCCGUUCUCUCCUGUCGUACAGUGGAUAUUGACGUUAGUGGCACGCGGACAUACAGACCUAAAUCAUCCGCAGAUAUUAUCAGUGAACAGCAUGCCCUUAUACACAGGAUUUAUUCAAAGUCAAGGGACAUAGCUUCAGCUCCCCCGAGGCGAUCCAAAACUCCUCGUAAAAGUGUGGAGAAAAACAAGGACAACACUGAGAACAAAGUCGAGGAAAACAGCCUCAAGUCAAGUGAGUGCAACUCUAACAGCCUCAAGUCAAGUGAGUGCAACUCUAACAGCCUCAAGUCAAUUGAAGUUCAAGGUCGGCCUCUGACCUCGCUAUCUCAGAGAGGGGGCACAAAGGCAAACAUACGAACAUCUACCUCCAACAAACGCCCUAAAACUACAGGGAACAUCAAAGGCCCGAAGGUCUCCAAUGACAAUUUCAUGAUCGUUCAUGCUGACCGUGAGCUGAUAGAAACACGACGAUCCUAUCGCAGCCUGACUAAUAAGAUCCACAAGCAUUGGGAGCCGGAAAGUCAUGACCUGAACCAGGGAACCUACCAACGCGGCAAGAAACCCCCUGGUGUCCCUGCUGUGGACUCCUGGCUCACGUUUACUGGCUCACAGGCUGAAGAGGCUAAUGGUGUUGUUGAUGCCUUUGCUGAACAUGUGCUUGAGAAAUUUCUGGAGGAUUCUGACGACAGCUCCUAUGAGGAGUCAAAAGAUGUAGACACUGAGGGUGAAUACUAUAAUGUAGAAGGCACUGUGGGAAGCCGAAUAGCGCAGCAGCUACAACAGGGCGACCGAAUACGUAUCGGCAUCAACGGCGAUGUUCAGACCCAUGACCUUAAGGUCAAGAAAUGGUUUCGGGAGGACAGCUUUGUGCGAUCCAGAGAUGUAGAAGAUAAGGGGAAGGAAAACAUGGCGUCUAGCGACAACCAGAUAAUACCCCUAUCGUGGGAUGACCAGGUGUCAGCAGACAACACAAAAGUUAUAACAGCUCGACAGCCACGAGGGGACCCAUCCACUAUGAAUCUGAAUGAGACACGCCCAGUAGUGUUUACAAAGCUUCUACCUGACGACCUGACAUCUGCCUCCUUGAAUAACAGAAUGGGCAAGCAGGAUUCCAAGUUCAAGGUCAAACAGCGAAGGAAAAACAAACCUGGCAUGGACGGAAGGGAACAGGAAAAUAAGGUUACCGUGGUAACCAUUGAUGCCAGGUCGGAGGAGGAGGAGAAAAAGAUUGAGAAAAUGACGGUGGACGAUGUGAUUAAACAGAAUUGUGCGGGGAAAAAUGUGGAGAAACAAAAUGGCCACCAUGAAGAAGGGGAGAAACAUUCUGUAACAUUCAGUUUCCCUGACAAUGACCCUCUCCAGGAUGGUCUCUAUAGUCAGAGUAAAGUAAGCAUUACAGAUUCCUAUUCUAGCGGAAUGAGUGAUCAGAAACACCCUAUGGUAAAACCCACACAGCCGACGUUUGGUACAAAAAACAAGGAAGUUGACUUGGACAUUAUUGGUUCUCUAAGUGUGCCAAAUGGUCAGAGACCGCUUUCAAGUGAGAUGGAACAGCCUGGGAGUCUGUUUGGAAGUAGGACUAAUUUUGUCCCCCGGCCAGUUGUGGGCAGGUCUGGCAGUGCUCGAAGCACUCUUAGUGGCAUGAAAUCUGCCAAGUCUACAACACAACGACCCCUAGUAUCUAAUUCACUCAUAAACGUUGGUAAUCAGAGCUAUAGGCAAAAUGAUACGGAAUAUAUUCAAAUUUCCCAUCCAGUUAAAAAUCCAAACCCUGCUCAAUUAAAGAGACAACAACAUGACGCGAUGGGGCUUGGACAUACUAGUGAGGGAACCAGACAGACUAGAACAAGUUCAGGAAUUCGAGAACCUGUGCCGUCCCCUGAAUUAGAAAACUAUGAGGACUUUGAAACCAAGAUGGACCCGACCCCUCCGAUGGUGGAAAUCAAGCCUGUGUCUAAGGCGGCGACCCCGGCCCUGUCAAUAAGCAUCCCGACUGCGGACUACACUGAUUCUGCUAUGAAUUCUCCAACUCGUAAACAAUCCGGAAGCCCUGAAUCAUCUCCCCAAAUGCGAAGGGCAAAGGAUAUGAGAGAUGAACAGAUUGAUCAAAUUACGUCGCUACUUGUUGAUGCUAUCAUAGGGCCCAAUGACCAGCCAGAGUCCUAGCUCAGCCUUAACAAUACAUAUAAGUAGUAUUGCUGUUAUGAAAUGCAUUUUUUAGCUCUACUAUUCGAAGAAUAAGGAGAGCUAUACUAUUCACCCAAGCGUCGGCAUCUGCGUUGGCGUUGGGGUCACCCCUUGGUUAAGGUUUUGCGUGCAAGCACACAUAGGUUAAUAUCUCAGCAACUACUGGAGGUAUUGCAUUGAGACUUUAUACAAUGGUACUCAACCAUCCAACCUACUUAAUUAACCAAGUAAGAUAACUCUACUUUGCAUUUAAUGCAAAUAAUGGCCCCUUUUUUAUUCGACAUGGAAAUUCUGGUUAAGGUUUUGCAUGUAACCACUUUUAAGUCAAUACCUCAGCGAAUACAUCAUGUAUUGCAUUGAAACUUUACACAAAGGCUCCCAACCAUUUAACAUUCUUAUUUAAUCAAGUAAGAUAACUCUAUCUUUCAUAUUAUAUCAUUUUUGCCCCCUUUCUUAUGCGACUUAGAAAUUCUGGUUAAGGUCUUGCAUGUUAGCACACAUAGGAUAAUAUCUCAGCAACUACUUGAUGUAUUGCAUUGAGACUUUUUACAAUGGUGUUCAACCACCCAACCUAAUUGAAAAACCAAGUUAGAUAACUGUGUUUUGCAAAUAAUGGCCCUUUAUUAUUACACUUAAAAAUUCUGGUUAAAAUUUUGCAUGUAACCACAUUUAUGUUAAUAUCUCUGCACAUCAUGUAUUGCAUUGAAAUCUAAUCUAACAGUGAUCCAUGCAUGUUUCGUCAAAACUUUUCAAUCCUUACACUGAAAAGCGGCGGAAUAGUCGAGCGUGCUGUCUCUGUGACAGCUCUUGUUUAUUUAUUUGUAAUAAGAACUGCAUUUCAUUUAGCAUUUUAACUCGUGCUCUGAUAUAAGAAAUGCAUUUCAAUUCAUGGUGUGUAAUUAGAAGUCUUCUCUAAGGCUUUUGGGCACAGGGUUUAUGAUGGUGGUUGGCCCUAAGUUACCACUUUCUUCCUUAACAUACAAGGCAGAGCUACUAAGUCAGUCAAUAUAGUAAAGAAAUAGUUUCUUCACACACAAAAUGAGUUAUUGAAAUUAAUGAAAAAACACACAUGCGCUUAAGUUAUUAAGGGCGAGGUUCAAUAACCAGUGCAGGAUGUAAGUGAAUAGUGCUGUAAUUUACCUGCAUCCUAGUUAUUGAAUGGUUGAGCCCUGCCUUCUUGUUACCGUUCCAAUAUAGGAGAAUUAGGAGUAAAUGUAUUUAUGAAAACACAGGAGACACUCUCAACACGGUACAAGGUUGACAUAAAGAGAAUGAUGUAAAUUGCAAAGAUAGAAUGGAAUAACAUGCACAUUGGUAUGCUCUGUUCUUAGAAAUCAAAUAUUUGGACGAAUACUGAAUCACAUUGAAGCAUAUAUAAUCUUCAUAUGAAGCAUUUUAAAUGCAUAUUACUGUGCCAAGACAUAUCAUAUUUUAUUAUAAAUGAUUACAUACUUGUGUGUUUUAAACAAGGUACAUGUACCUAAAUGUAUUUAUUAAAAAUGGUACUAAUGAGAAAAUCCCUUUAUUGUAAACCCUUUAGGAAGUGCAGCAUCAUAUUUUCACACAUUAGGCCAUCUUAUCAAAGGGCACGUGACAAAGAUCAAGAAAAUUGUUGGUAAAACUUGUAAGUAAUAAAUAAGGUCCACUUGUCGAGGUAUUAUGAAGAAUACCACUGUAGGUUUGAGUUAUAAAUCAAAUGGAAGCUUUAUGUUCCAAAUUCAAAUGUACCUUUCCAGGUAACCUAUUUUGUUUCAAAAGAUAUCCCUCUUCAACCAAGACAAAACUGUUUCGGAAAAAAAAAAUCGUUGAUAAGAUGGCAUCACUACAAUUUUCUUUAACAUAUUCACGAAUGUAUGUAGAAGAGUGUUUACAUUUGUUUGAGAUUAUGUGAUAUGUUAAAUUCAAGCAUUUAUUUUUCAUAAAGGUGCAUUUAUAUCAGAUGUUAGUUAUUUUAUUUGUUUUAGUUCAUUUUACAUUAUUUACAUGCAAAUGUGCAGAUUUGAGGUCUAUUAAGAUCAAAUAUUGAGGAGACUGCAUUAUUAACAUUUUGCAUCAUGGAUUCAUUUUUGUGUUUUUCAUUACGCAAAAUUUGCACACAUGUAUUUUGAUUUUGUGUGGAACACUAAUCAUUUUGGCCAUCUUAUCAUCGACAAAAUGUUCUGUAGAUGCAGUUAUGUUAUGGAGAUAAAUGAAAUUUAUUAAAUUAAACAGCAACACCAGCAAAAAGGUAUUGGUUGGUAAAUAUUCAUUCAACCUGUGGACAAAAUACUUUAUACAAUAUAUAUGCUUAAAAAUAACUAAGUGUUGAUUUAUAUAAAAAAAUAUUUUCAGAUAUAUUUCAAAGCAACAAUAAUUGCAUGCGUUUUGGGCACAAAAGAUUGGAAAGAUGAUACUUUCAUCUUUACAGUCGAAACUGAUGACCUCAUAACUGUUUAUCAUGUUGUUUUUAAAGGAGCAUAACUGUGAUAGUUCAGUUGUUUUUACGCUUGUCUGUUGUUGUUUUCAAAAUUAUACUAAGACAAAAAGUUAUGGUGUUCCCAUUAGAAAUUGUUAAGUUGGUCCCAUGCGGUAUUGUUAAGGUUUUCUCAUGAGUUAUUGUUAAGUUACUAGACAGGUUUAACUCCUAAUUUUAUUUGAAGUUACUGUUAUAUUGCUCUGAGCCCUCGAACCUUAUGUAACAAGGCCCAUAACUUGAACAUAAUUAUAUUCCAUCUUAAAGAGAGAGAUAUGAAUGAGUGUUGGUAGCCCUUUGCAGUGAUCUUGUCCAAAUGGCAUAUGGCAGUUGCCUGGGAGAUAAAAUAAUAAAUAAUAAAAGCAGACAUCAUGUUUUUUUGCAACACAGGAAUUUGUAUUAAUUUAAUUUUGUAACAGAACUACCAUAGUAUUCAUCAAACCUGACUAAAGGGUUAUUCAAUGGUAAAUUAUUUAUUUGAUGUAGGGGAGUAUCAAUGACAUCUUGAUUCAAUAUUUAAUAAGUGGAACAAAACAUAUCUUUAUUUGCCAUCUGAUGGCUAGAGUUUUAUUUGAAUAUAUUUAUAGUGUACGAAAUAAGCUUUGAAAGAAAUAUAGAAAUGUAAUUCAAGCAAUAUGAUUUGUUAAAGAACAUGCCAUCACUUAAGGUGUUUAUUCAACUUGCGCAUCCAUAAAUAUGUAGCUAGAUGCUUUUUUAGUUUCUGUUUAAUUUUGUUUUCAAUUAUAAACAGAAAUAAUAUUAUAAUAAUUGUAUAGGAUCAUGUCUCUUGUAAGAUGAGUGGAGUCGUCUGUAAUAAAUGAGAUACUGACAAUGGAAUUCUGUAAUACAUUCAAAAUAGGAAUUAUGUUUUUAUUCAAUUUAAUCUCCAGUUUAAGAAUAUAACAUAAUUCAUUACUAAUGGAAAGUGUGUAUUACCUAUUUUAAUUGCCAAUAAAAUGAAAUUGAAACUAAUAAUUCUUCAAAUUCAUUUAUACAGAACUGAUAUAAAACAGUAUACAUACCUAUUUUAUGUAUUUUCAGAUUUUAAAAAAUAGUUACAGAUUUGAUAUUUUAAGAAGAAAAAAAUGUAUGUAUUGUUGUAAACAUGGCAAACAAUGUUUGUGCAUAAUUAGACAUUCUUUAUUUUAAAUGAGUACUUUUCCAUUACUGCCAAAUAUUGUACUCUUAGUGAAAUCACCAUUUUCACUUAUUUUAUAUACAUGUAGUACUGUUGUUUUAUUUGAUUUUUGUAACAGAAUUUAUUUUCAUUGUUUUGAACAGAUAAAUAAAUGAU